GCUAAGUUGGCAACAGUGGUGCCAACAACAAGUGUUUAUUUUGUUUUAUGUAAUUACAAUUUUAUAUUAAUUAAUUGCUGUGGGAUAAUAUGGCACUUACAAAAGUCUAUGAUGCGGCAACCGUAUUUAAACACUUAAACGGAAUCAUAAACGUGUACAAACCAGCUGGCAUGAAGGUGAAGCACGUACGCAAUGCAAUUUUAGGCAACAUUUGCAAAGGUCUAAAUGAAAUGGAAUUGAGGGAGCCGAGAAAGCUAGCAAGCGACAGACCUCUGCUGGGCACUGGGACUGCCGCGGACAGCGUACUGCACAAUAUUGCCUCCAAUACGGAUUUAUCGGAUCACAUUCUCGCUGCCGGACCACGUUACAUGCCGGGAGACAUUCGCUGUGCAACCGUCGCAGCGCUGGGUGAUCACACAAGUGGUGUUUUAUUGUUUGGGAUAAAUAAGGGACUGAAACAGUCAAGCCGCAUACAGCGUAAUCGACCAGUGCGUGUCUACCAUGUCACCGCUUGCAUGGGCACCGCCACAGAGGAUCACUUGCCUGACUCACGCAUCACCGUGCGCUCCAACCAUCGUCACGUUUCGGCGGAUCGGAUAAGCGGCCUAGCCGCUUCCAUGCAAGCAUCACACCAGCGCAAAAUGUAUGAGCUUUGCGGUGUCGAUCUGCAGACGCAGGCAGCCUACGAAUUGGCUUGUAAGGGACUCAUAAGGCCUGCGGACAACACUCAACCAGUGAUAUAUGGCAUAAAACUGAUACACUUUGAGAGGCCACACUUUACACUCGAACUGCACGCAAUCAACGAGAGCGAACAGUACAUAGCUGCCCUGGUCCAUGACAUGGCCCUAGAGCUGCGAACGGUGGCACAUUGCUCACAAGUACGUUGCGUACGGCAUGCCCACUUCGAUGUGACCGGCAGCUUGCUUCGACAUGGCUGGCAUCUACCGGGCAUCAUCAAGAAUCUAAGGCAGCAGCGAGAGAUUCUGGAAGCGCAUCCGCAAUUGUUAGAACAGGAGCGCGUGGAACUGCAUGCAGCAGCUUCGUGAUUAGUUCAGAUAAGUCUGGCUGUGGCUAUUGGCCAGCAUCAUUUUGUCAAGCUUAAAAAGAUCUUGCUGCAGCUUAUCGUUCAGUUUCUUGCCGGCCACAGAGUCUUGCACCUUCUCCAGCACUUCCUGCGCCUCCAGAAGGCGCGACUGAGCCAGUUCCAGUUUAGUUGCAGCCUCUGCAGGCAACCUGCGAGCCUGUUCCUUCAGUGUAUGUGCAAUCUCCAUAAGGAUAACACUGACAUAGAUGGCCAACUUGAUGCUGUGCGGAUCGAGACGACGGCAUACAUUCUGCAGCUCCUCACAGAGUCGUUGCUUGCGGCCCAGUUGAAGAUCGCUGAGCGUGGCCAGUUCCAGGCCUGACUCAUGGCCAUAGAGCUGGAUGAGCGUAUGCUUCAGAUUGAACAUGUGAAAGUGAUUGGGAUGCAGGAGCUGUGAGAGACGUGCCAGCAGCAAUUCCACUUGGCUAGCUGUAGGAUUGGUAGCCAGCAACCUUUCCACCUCCUCGGUCAUGUGUGUCUGCACUUCCGUUACAUAGGUAGCAUCUACCAGCAUGGGACAAGUGUCGCACUUCCAUUGCGUCUGCUCGUUUAGAGGCUCCAGUGGCAACUGGACGCCCACACACGUCUUGGACACAUCACCCAGGCAACGCAUGGCGCUCACAUAGCUGCCGUAUUCGGUGGGAUCCUCGCAGCGUGAACAGCGACAGCUGAAGUGCUUGGUCAUGCGCAGAUGAUGUUGCCUUAGCUGCGUGCCCCACAAUAUGUUUGUAUAGGUGAUCUUCAAGUGUUCGCCCUUCUUGAUAUCGCAGCCAGCUCGAACCACAAUGCGAUGCGUGGCAGGAUCAAACUGAAAGUAACAAUUGGGCUGGCAAGCGUGCUCCAUCAUGCAGGCCUGUCUAAAGAGUCCACUCAGCUCCACUCCCGUAGGCAGCUCGAUGGCCAUGUAGUUCGUCUCAAUGAUGCCGCACAGGCGAUGCAGCAGCUCUGGCUCAUACUCAUUUAGAAGACUCUGUUGUUUCUUGUUUGCCUUGAGGUGUUGCAGAUAGCGCUGGUUCAAGUAGCCAACAAUUCGCUUCUCCGCCUCCUGUAGCAACUCCGUGCCGCGACGCUCCUCUUCAUGCGAUUGCAUCUCCAGCAAUGCCUUCCAGCGCUCUGGCUGCGAGCGCUGCAACAAAAGACACUUCAGCACCAGGAUUGCAUCGUGACGAUAAUCAUCAUGUUGUCCGGACUUGGUAGCCGACGCAUUGCCCAGCCUGAGAAUGCUGCACUCCAAAUCUUCGUGCUGACAGACAGAACUGCACACAGGCCAACGGCAACUGCAAAUAGUAUAAAAAUAAAAUAUUUACAACACUAUGCUGCAAACUAAAUAAUUAAUUGCAAUUUAUUCUUUACUUGGAAAACCAGUUUGACUUACAGAGCUCGGUCUAUAUUAGUGAUGUAGUUUGAAGUUUUCGAAAACGCCUUAAAAAGCAAGUAGGAAAAAAUGGACAGUAAUGGACAAAAAUGUUGUUUUCAAAUUUUGACGCAGAAGAACUCUAUAGGCUAAAUAAUGAUAAAAAUCUGGCAAAGCUAUGACCGUUUAAAGUUUUCGAAACUGGAUGGUAAAGUUGAACAGUGAAUUGAAAUAUUUAAUUUUUCAAUUUUGAUGCAGAAUUAAAAAAAAGGCAAAAUAAUAAUAAAAUGUACAUUCCUCAAGAAAAUCGGUUAAUAUUUGACAAAGUUAUGAUAAUUUGAAGUUAUUGAAAGAAAGUAGAGGAAAAUAUGUAAUUGGAACUGUCUUUACUUUUUUACCGGCAACGCAAAUAGUAGGAGCCAAUAAAAUAUUCAUCACACUGGGCUA